AACUAUACAAUAUAAUACACACUUGCACACACGAUAGUCCCUCUUUCACUCCAAAUGAUGAUGUCUCACUCCAAUAUUAUGCUUCACUAAUAUAUUCACAACACUGGUCGCUAUACUACACAAAUAUAUUUACAUCUAACAUCCCUAAAGUUCAUGAGCACUGGUGGUGACUGGCGCAGUAGAUCCCACACAUAAAUGUCAAUAUAACCCUCCUGGACCUCUUGGUGUAUUCAUGUUGUUGUCCCCACUGAUGUUCCAUAGAUAUCGGUGAAAUCCAAAUAACCUGUCAGCUAUCAGGCACCGCAUGGAGAGAGUUUCACCAAACAAAUAGACACCAACAGCAUGUACAUAUAGUACAGUCAAGUCGAACGUUCUCAUGAAAUGGUCGUAAAUCAAUCAAUGAAUGACCAGACAAUUAAUAUAGCCACAACACACAGCUGGGCCUCCAUAAUAUUCAGAUACAUGUGUCAGAGAAUAUCAGAACUCCUGCAACGACAUAACAGUCAUUGUAGUACCACACCGCCAGGCGUUAUAAGAAGACGAACAUGUGUCCAUUUUGGUAAACAAUCGUCUGCAUACGGCUGUUCAGGGCCUCCAUACAUUCACCGUCAGCUCAUAGAUAAUAGAAUGGAUACGAGGAAAGAACUGCUAGACGGCCUGAAGUCGACACCUAAAUAUAUACCUAGUUGGUAUCGUUACGACAAGGAAGGGUCGAGGCUGAACGACAUGUGUCUACAGGAAAAUGAAAACUACUACUUCCAUAGAUGUGAGCUGAAUGUAUUGAAAGCCCAUCUUUCAUCUAUGCUGACGUUUGAUACCGAAAAGACCGAUCUUGUCGACAUGGGAAGCGGGAACUGCCAAAAAACACGUUUAUUUAUUGAUAAUAUAUUACAAAAUCACGACAAGCUGACUUUUUAUCCCGUUGAUAUCUCACAUGAGUUUUUAUCGGACACCUGCAGACAACUUUCUGAAGAAUAUGCUGAAAAACUCGAAAUCAAACCUAUUCCUGCUGAUUAUGAAACUGGCAUCAGUGAAAUCAGGGCAUGUAUUCACCCAAAAUUGAUUCUAUGGUUUGGUAGUAUCCAGAGUCUUGAACCUGACGACCAAAUACGAAAACUACAGCUGUUGAGAUCUAGCGAUGACAGAACGCUGCUGUUUGAUCUUCAGUAUCGACAUAACACAGAACAGAGAAGAGGUCAUGAAGGCAUACAAUGACGUUCAUGCCAGGCAGAUGUUUAUGAACUCCAUUUGGCGACUGAUACGUGAGGAGAAUUGUACAAUUAAGCCAGAGUAUUUUGACUUAGAGGUUGACUUUAUUAAAGAGGAUUCUCCCGACAGAAAUUAGUUCUGUACAGGUUCUACGUCAGAGCUAAGCAAGCAAACGCCUUUAUAUUGCCUACCUUGGGUAUCACUAUGGACCUUACAGAAGGAGAACCCUUGUAUCUACACGGAGGUCCCGGUAUCAGCCACAAGUACAAUCUCCAACAGGUACAGACGCUGGUACAGAGGGCGGGGCUUCAUUUGGUGGACACGUGGGUCGAUGGCGAGGAGCAUGUGAUGUUCUGUAAAUGUGAAGUGAUAUAAUACACAAUACCAUUCAUGAUGUCAAUCUCAUCAUGGCGGAUAUAUAAUGUAUAACAAAGAAUCCGUCGGUCUAAACCUAAUAAUAAAGUGUGACUUUGGUGGUUUAAUUGAUUGUGUCGACUGCAAAGCAUGGGGGACAUUUAGGGAUCACUUUGUCCAUUGUUAAGUGUUGUCGUCGUCGCCGUCGUCUGUCACAUUUGAGUUAUCCGGACUUUUUACAUUAUCAUUUUUCACAUCAAUUUGUAACUUGGUAUGUGGCUUUAUCAUUAUAAAUUAAAAUUCAAGUUUGAACCCUGUGUCAAUAUUCUAUUUUUAUCUGGAGUUAUAGCCCUUUGUAUAUUGGACAUUCUUGUUAUUAAAUAAGUAGUCCAUGUUUCUAUUGUUACAUACAAUAGACAUGCGAUGUCAAUAUCAUUUAAAAGAAGACGACCUUGUAAACACCACAUACUUGAUCAGUUUGGCACGAUCUUGGGAUGAUUAUUUUUUUUGUACCUUUAUUUAGUUGUUUAUAAUUUCAAAAUAAGUAAGACUGUGAAUAGAAAAUACGCGAAAAUGGACAUAUAAUGUAAAUGCGAGUGAGUUGCAACUACAGUAGAUAACAUGCUUACGAGAUUAACGGAAUGUAUUCAAGAUGUUUGAGUGAUUUCAGGAUCUAUAUUAUUUAUGCAACUAUCUACCAGAUUGGCUUAAUUUCUCCAUUAAAUACAGAAUAAAUCUACAUAGAUUGCAUGAAAUGUAUUAUAUAUGAAUCGAUUGCGUGUAAUGAAUAAUGUAUUUGUGAAAGGUUGUAAUGGUGUGUUGAGAAAUUAUGGUAAUUCUUAUCUAUCAUAUGAAAUGAGUCACCUCUUUCUAUAGUCACCAAAACGUGAUUGAUAUUAAGACACUCUGCGCCUUUCUAGAACGAAUGAUAACAGGGAUACAUGCAUUUUUAAGUCUGAAAUGUCGGAUGAAAUUUUAUAUACAUCUAAACAAAAUACAUCCGGAUGGUCAUAUUCCCAAGGUCACUACACUUGUAGUUUAAACCUUCAUACUUAUCUAGGUCAACGGCUUGUGCUAGGUAUACCUUAAGUAAUAAAGGUGGGUUCAACAUUUGGCCCCCGCUUCGACUU